GGGCGGUGGUGACAGCAUGGCGCGUCAGCACUCCGCGACACGAGGCCUUCCGCGACAGCGGGGACUUCGGCGACAUCAGGGCCUCGCGACAUGAGGGCCCCUGCGAUCGGGGACCCCUGCGACACCGGGCCCUCCCCGACACGGGUGGCCGCCCCCUCUCGCUGCCCGAAUGGCUGCGCUGCACAGCAGAGAGCUGCAGCAGCGUGUCCCGGAGCUGUUGCAGGCAGAGAAUGCAUCGGCCGUUCGGUAUCCAUGAAGGUGAUGGAAGCCUGAGUGGAGAUCACAGAAUUGUAAAAUAUCCAGAGCUGGAAGGGACCCACAGGGAUCAUCCAGUCCAGCUCCUGGCCCUGCACAGGAAAAGCCCGAAAUCCCACCCUGUGCCUGAGAGAGUUCUCCAAAUGCUCCUUGAGCUCUGUCAGGCUCCGUGUCCUGACCACUGCCCUGGGGAGCCACAAAUUUGUAUGCAUUCCCUCCCUGCUUAGGAACACCCAGCUGUGUUGAAAUCCCAUUCCUCGCAGGAAGCAAAACGCCUGCGGUGCAAGUGAAAGCAAAACACAGACCUGAACUUGACACAUUCCCCUCCCAGACCUCAGCUGAGAUCACGUCGUGUCCAGCCAGUCCUUCCUUCCUUCCUUCCUUCCUUGACCUUCCCCAGGUCACCCGAUCCCAACAGCAAAUUUGCCCUCUCCAUGGAACAAGGACACUGCAUUCCACUGGAAUCAUUCCGGACUUGAAAAAUAUUUUGGAACCUUAUUAUUGUUGUCGUACAGAAACUUUUAUUUCCCAGCUCAGUGGUUGCCUAAUCCUGUCAGUACCACUUGGAGAACUCCCUCUUUUCCGGUCAGCUUUAACCCCCAAAGUGUUUUUUGAACAGAUCUUUGGUGUCUGGUCAGAACACCGAGCCCUUCUUGGUGCAGUGCGUGCUUCUUUGAGGUCCGGAGAUUGGCUUUUAAGGGUUCCUGUCACACGGUGCAAGAACUGUCAGAAACGAAUGCGUUUUAUGCAGAAAAUCACCAUUUUAACGUGUGUCCCCAGAUGUACCCACCACCUCUGCAGGCAGACACGGGCAUGGGGAGGGAGUAGGUAUCCCAAAGACUGACAGCGAGGGAAACUGAGGCAGGGGAAGGGCAGCGGGGCCGGGGCAGCCUUAAGGCGGGCGGGCGGCGGAUCCGCUGCGCUGUCGCAGGGCGCUUGUGCCGCUUUAAGGCGGUGCCGGCGCUCCGGGCUCGGCAGGCACCGGGAAGAGGAACUGGGCUUUGCACUGCCGGGUCGGGGCGAGCUCCGCGCCGGCCCCGCUGUCCCCGCCGCCGCUCCGCUCCGCGCUCGCUGCCGGGGAGGGAUGGGGCGGGCAGGGGGAGGACGCGCUGGGGGCCAGGACGGGCCCCUGCAUCCCCCCCGCUCCCCCCGGCUGCCCCUCCGCUCCCCCUUGCACCCUCCAGCCGCUCCUUCCUCCUGCUGCAAAGGCAUGCGCUCGGCAGGGCUGCCCGCUGCCUUGGUGCGUGCUUGAAAUAGAGGCACCCCUCUUUGCUUGGAGACAGCCCUCCCAGCCCUGCUCUGAGCCCCCUAUCCCCUGCCCCGAGCUCCCCAUCUGCUUCCUCGAGGCCCCAUCGCCUGCUCUAAGCCCCAUUCCCUUCCUCAAGCUCACCAGUUUUUUUCUCGAGCCCUUAUCCCCUUCUCUGAGCCCCCUUCCCCUGCUCCAAGCUCCAUCCCCUUCGUCAAGGCCAUAUCCCCUUCCUCAAGCCCCUUUCCCUUUCCCUGAGCCCCCUACUCUGAGCCCCCAUCCCCUUGUUCAAGUCCCCCAUCCCUUUCCUUGAGCCCCCAUUUGCUGCCCUAAACCUCCAUCCCCUGCCCUGACCCUGCUUCCCUGAGCCUCCCCUCCCCAGAGCCCCCUGCCCCAAAUCCCCCAAAUCCCCCAUCCCCAAAUCUCUCUCCACAAUGAUUUUGCUGAGCUGUUUCCUGCACCUGCGGCCCCGGCGGGGCUGCGGCGCCUUGGCCGGGCUGGGCAGGGGGCUCGGCCCCGCAGCGGGGUCCUGCCGGGCUCUGCGGGUGCUGGUGGACAUGGACGGGGUGCUGGCCGACUUCGAGGGAGGCUUCCUGAAGAAAUUCAGGGCCAGGUACCCCGACAAGCCCUACAUUGCCCUGGAGGACCGGAGGGGUUUCUGGGUGUCGGAGCAGUACGGGCGCCUGGGACCCGAGCUGAGUGAGAAAGCCAUCAGCAUCUGGGAAUCCAAGAACUUCUUCAUCGAGUUGGACCCACUCCCUGGGGCUGUGGAAGCUGUGAAGCAAAUGGCAAAUUUGGCAGACACUGAUGUGUUCAUCUGCACGAGCCCAAUCAAGAAGUACCGGUACUGCCCUUAUGAGAAGUAUGCCUGGGUGGAGAAGCACUUUGGCCCUGAAUUUCUUGAGCAGAUUGUUUUGACACGAGAUAAGACGGUGGUUUCUGCUGAUCUGCUUAUAGAUGACAGACCUGAUAUAACAGGGGCAGAGCAGAACCCCACCUGGGAGCACGUGCUCUUCACUGCCUGCCACAACAAGCACCUGCAGCUGAAGCCCCCCAGCCGCCGGCUGCACUCCUGGGCUGAUGACUGGAAAGCCAUUCUGGACAGCAAACGCCUCCCACCCGGCCAGGCCACCUAAACACCAGCCCUCACGGUCACCUGGGGCUGCAGCCACCUCCCUGUGUCCCUGUGGAGUCCUGCUGAAAGCCAGAACCAUGGAUGGACAGACAGACAGACAGACGCUGUCCCUGCUGCACAGAGAGAGGCCAUUGGUCCCCGCUGCUGUGUGUCCCCAGGCUGUCCAGGAUCCCACUGCCCUCCUGGCCCAAGGACUUGCUGGCUGCAGCAGUAAAAUUCCCCACAGGCAGAGGUGGUAGCCAGGGCUUGGUGGGAUUUGCCACCCUGCACCCCGUGCUCACACCUUUGCUUUGCCUCUCUGCUCUCCUGUGGACCCCCAUCAAUGAAAGGACAUGAACUUGAAGCUACAUAACCAACAAAUAAUGUAAUUCAGCAGUGGCAGCCAGACCCCUCCUGUACCAGGAGCUGGAGGGGUUCUGGACUUGGUGCUUUGGAACCUGUGCCUUCCCUGGGUGCUGCAUGGCCAGGGAUGGGGCCUGUGUUGACUUGGGGCUUGCCCUGUUUCUUGGGAUGGGGGGAGUUUACGAAGUCAGCAUGGUUGGCCCAGGGCAGUAGGACUUACAUACCACAAGUAUCUUUUUUUUCCUUUCUUUUUUUUUUUUUUUUUCAUUUUUCUUUCCUGUUUAAACCACUGUGUGCUUCUCUGGGUAGUGGGUUUGGUUUGGAGGGGUCUAUUUAGAAUGUACAGCUGCCUGAGGUGCAGCUCCCUGGCCAAGAGCUGGCUGAAGUGGUUGCAGGCUGGGAACUGGGACAGUGUGGGAGCACCGUGGGCAGCUGCUGCAGCUGCUGAACAUCAGGAACCCCCUGGCUCCACCAGCCCUCCACCAGCUGUUAGCCCCUCUGUGCAGCCAGGGUGACCUCAUGGGGUCCAAGCUGGUUUUUUCUGAUGGUACCAUGUAAAUAUGAGCUGCCUGGGCUCUCCAGAGCCUUCUCCCUGCUUAUUGAGCCAAAAUGAGCUGGCACAUCUCUCCAGCAGCUGCCCAAACCUCUCAUGUUCCCUCGAGGCUGGGGCAGACCCGAGGGAUGUGGCUCUGGGGUCAGCAGGACUUUUCCCCAUGGUGAGAUGUGAUGCCAGAGAUAAAUACACCACACCAAAUAUACUUGAAAGCAGAGCUAGAGUUUCUCAUGCCUGAGGCUCCAGCUCCAUGCACAGAGAUCCUGAGCUGGUAGCUGCACUGUUUGCUCCCACACUCGGGACCAGGAGGUGACUCCAUCGCCGUUCGUCCUUCAAGCCUGUCUGUGUCCAGCUGAGAUAGACAGAGCUUUUGGUUUUGAAUGUACAUCUAUAAACCCGAGGCCAAUGAGGAGCACUGCAAUAAACACUGGGUUGUUUGGCAUCCA